CCGGCCCCGGCGCCAUGGAGCGGCGCUGCCCCCCGGGGCUGGGGCUGGGGCUGGGGCUGGCGCUCCUCCUGCUGCUCUGCGCCCCCCUGCCCCCGGGGGCCCUUGCCAAGGAAGUCACCCUCCUGGACACCAGCGUGGCUCAGGGGGAACUGGGCUGGCUCUUGGACCCUCCUGAGACUGGGUGGAGUGAGGUCCAGCAGAUGCUGAACGGGACGCCCAUCUACAUGUACCAGGACUGCCCGGUGCUGGGGGCCGGCGAGGCCGACCAUUGGCUUCGCUCCAAUUGGAUCUACCGCGGGGAGGUCCCGACUCGCGUCUUCGCCGAGCUGCGGUUCACCGUGCGCGACUGCAGGAGCUUCUCCGAAGCCGGGUCCGGCCCGCUUGGCUGCAAGGAGACCUUCAACCUCUUCUUCAUGGAGUCCGACCAGGACGUCGGCAUCCAGCUGCGUCGGCCCCUCUUCCAAAAGGUGACCACGGUGGCCGCGGACCAGAGCUUCACGGUGCGCGACCUGGCGAUAGGAGCCAUGCGGCUGAACGUGGAACGCUGCCUGCUGGGCCACCUGACCCGCCGCGGUCUGUACCUGGCCUUCCAAAACCCGGGCGCCUGCGUGGCCCUGGUGUCCGUGCGUGUGUUCUACCAACGCUGCCCCGAGACCGUGAAGGGCCUGGCCCGCUUCCCCGAGACCUUGCCCAACCCCGUGGGCCUGGCUGAGGUCGCGGGCGCUUGUCUGCCCCACGCCCACCCUGGCCUCAGCCCAGGCCCCCGCAUGCACUGCAGCCCUGACGGAGAGUGGUUGGUGCCCGUGGGGGAGUGCCACUGUGGCGCAGGUUAUCAGGAGGAGGAGGGAGAAUGUACCGCCUGCCCCAAGGGCUUCUACCGGCCAGACUCUGAUGUCCCCAACUGCCUCAAGUGUCCCCCCCGCAGCUCAUCCGGCUCCGCGGCGGCCACGUUCUGCAGCUGUGUGACCGGCUAUUACCGAGCCCCGGCCGAGGGCGCCGAGGUGGCCUGCACCCGUCCCCCAUCUGCCCCCCGCAAUCUGAGCUUCGCCCUGGUGGGAACGCAGCUAACCCUGCACUGGGAGCCCCCCGGGGACACUGGGGGCCGGCGAGACGUCAGCUACGCCAUCACCUGCACCCGUGACCCUGGCCCAGAGGAGGGGCCCUGUGGCGGGGGCGUCCGGUUCUCCCCGGGGGCCUCUGGGCUCAGCCGGCCCACCGUGCGGGUAGAGGGACUCGAGCCCUACACCAACUACAGCUUCCGCGUAAAUGCCCACAACGGGGUCUCCAGUCUGGUCACCCCCGAGACCCCCGGCCCUGCCAGCGCCGCCUCGCUCUCCAUCCGCGUCGGGCACGCAGAGCCCCUGGCGGGUCUGUCCCUCGAGCUGGUGAAGCAGGGGCCGCGGCAACUGGAGCUCAGCUGGACGGGCCCCCGGCUGCUGCGGAGCCCGGCGGGGACCCUCCGGUACGAGCUACAUGUGCUGAACCAGGACGAGGAGCGCCACGAGACCGUGUCGGAGCCGCGGGUGCUGCUGAAGGAACUGGAGCCGGACACGGUGUACCUGGUGCGCGUGCGGGCCCUUACCCCCCUAGGGCCCGGACCUUUCUCCCCCGACCACGAGUUCCGCACAAGCCGCCCCCUCGAGUCGGGCGGCCCAUCUGGGGGCGAGAUCGUGGCCAUCAUUUUCGGCCUGCUGCUCGGACUGGCCUUCAUGUUCGGCCUCUUCGUAUUUUGCAGAAGGAGAUCCCAGCCGCAAUCUCAAGCCCAGCCAGAGACGUGCACCCCUGGAGGGGGACGUGAGGAGAAGGUAUGGCUGAAGCCGUAUGUGGACCUGCAAGCCUAUGAAGACCCAGUGCAGGGUGCCCUGGACUCCACCCGGGAGCUAGACCCAGCCUGGCUGACCAUCGACAUGGUCAUCGGGGAGGGAGAGUUUGGAGAGGUGUUCCGGGGGUCAUUACGAGUCCCCGGGCAGGACCGUGUCGCUGUGGCCAUCAAGACCCUGAAGGCCUCGUCCCCCGACGGUCAGUGGUGGAACUUUCUCCGUGAAGCCACCAUCAUGGGACAGUUCAGCCAUCGCCACAUUGUGCGCCUGGAGGGGGUCGUCACCAAAAGGAAACCUAUGAUGAUCGUCACUGAAUUCAUGGAGAACGGGGCCCUGGAUGCCUUCCUGAGGGCCCAUGAGGAGCAGCUGGGCGCAGGGCAGCUAGUGUCCAUGCUCCAAGGCAUCGCCUCGGGUAUGAGCUACUUGAAUGACCGCGGCUACGUCCACCGCGACCUAGCUGCCCGCAACAUCCUGGUGACCCGCGGCCUCCGCUGCAAAGUGUCUGACUUCGGUUUGAGCCGCCUGCUAGAGAAUGACACCGAGGGCACCUAUGAGACCCAGGGUGGGAAGAUCCCGAUCCGCUGGACGGCACCCGAAGCCAUCGCUCACCGCAUCUUCACCGCAGCCAGCGACGUCUGGAGCUUUGGGGUGGUGAUGUGGGAAGUGCUGAGCUUCGGGGACAAACCCUAUGGCGAUAUGAGCAACCAGGAGGUGAUGAAGAGCAUCGAAGAUGGGUACCGCUUGCCCCCACCCGUAGACUGCCCAGCCCCGCUCUACGAGCUGAUGAAGAGCUGCUGGGCCCACGAACGAGCCCGCCGGCCCCGCUUCCGCCAACUCCAAGCCCAACUGGAACAGCUGCUUGCCAGCCCCCAUGCCCUGCGCACCGUAGCAGACUUUGACCCCAGGGUGACCCUGCGCCUGCCCAGCGUGAGCGGCUCGGACGGGAUUCCCUACCGCAGCGUCCCCGAGUGGCUCGAGUCCAUCCGCAUGAAGCGCUACAUCUUGCACUUCCGUUCGGCCGGGCUGGACACCAUGGAGUCGGUCCUGGAGCUGACCGCUGAGGACCUGAACCAGAUGGGGGUGACACUGCCUGGGCACCAGAAGCGGAUUCUCUGCAGCAUUCAGGGCUUCAAGGACUGAAGGAUGGAGCAGCAGGUGGACAGACCCACAGCCGGACACACUGGAGGUAGCCCUAUGGGCCCACACCGAGCUCCGGGCACCCUCACCCCUAGGCAUGUGCCUUCCCUCAAGGCAGCUGGGCAGAAGCUAGGGUGGCGUAAACCCCAGGACCUCUUUCCUCUGGAAGGGGCCCCCUGGAGUCAAUUUAGCCCCCCCCCACCCGGUGCUAUGGGGAAAGUUUGGGGGCCUGGCUUCCUCCUGCCCCUGUGGCUUGCAGCUCCCGGAUGUUCUGUUUGCGUCUCAGGGGAGGGGCGGGCUGUAAAUAUUUUGUAAAUAAACAUGAGAUUGGA